CGCCCGCUGGAGGAGUCCCAGUGUAAUAAGGUCCCGGAGAAGUGUCACUGGCCUUGGGUGGGACCCGGUAGCCCGUUCGCUCCGCGCCGGCGGCCUGUCCCCGCGGCUUGGCGGGCUAGGGCAGGGGAAAUGUUGCAGGAGGAGUCGGACCUCUCUCUCAUUAUUGCCCAGAUAGUCCAAAAGCUCAAGGGCUCCAAUUUGUACUCUCAGCUGGAACGGCAGGCCUGGGCCAGUCUUCAGAGACCUGAGAUUAAACUUGAAUCACUGAAAGAAGAUAUUAAGGAAUUCUUUAAAAUAUCAGGUUGGGAGAAGAAACUUCAGAAUGCUGUUUAUAGUGAACUGAGUGUGUUUCCUUUACCUAGUCAUCCUGCUGCACCUCCUGAACAUCUUAAAGAACCUUUGGUAUACAUGAGGAAAGCACAGGGAAGUUGGGAAAAAAGAAUUUUGAAGAGUUUAAAUAGUAUGUGCACUGAACUGAGUAUCCCACUGGCACGAAAGAGGCCAGUUGAAGAACAGAAAGAACUUCUUAAUAAAUGGAAUGAAAUGGGAACUGAUGAACCAGAUUUAAGCCUUUUCAGACCUGUUUAUGCACCUAAGGAUUUUCUUGAGGUAUUAAUUAAUCUUCGCAACCCAAAUUAUGAAAACGGUGAUUCUCUUAGUUUCAGGACUCAUUUGGGUUUAAUUCAAGUUCCACUGAAAGUAAAAGACAUCCCUGAAUUGAAAGAAUGCUUUGUGGAACUUGGCUUAAAUAUAGGACAACUGGGUAUAGAUGAUUCUACACAAGUGCCUCCUGAACUUUUUGAAAAUGAGCAUGUACGUAUUGGGCAAAAAGUUCUAGCAGAACAAGAUAGUGCUGCUGCUCAACAGUACAUCAGACAAGGAAGUCCCACGGCACUGAGAGCUGAAUUGUGGGCUCUCAUUUUGAAUAUUUCCAGCCAACCUGAGGAUGUCUUGUAUUAUGAGCAGCUUAAGACCAAUGUGAUACAACAUGACCUUUUGGUGGACAGUCUAAUCUAUAAAGAUGUGAAGUUGACAGCAAGCAAUGAUGAUUAUUAUUUUGUAUUUGAAGAUUAUUUAUAUCAGGUAUUACUUUGUUUUUCCCGGGAUACAUCUGUGUUGAGUCACUUUGCAUACAACAGUGCCUCGCCACCAAAAUCAUACAUAAGAGGAAAACUAGGACUGGAAGAAUAUGCUGUCUUUUACCCACCAAAUGGUGUUAUCCCUUUUCAUGGAUUUUCAAUGUAUGUUGCACCACUUUGUUUUCUAUACCACGAACCUUCCAAAUUGUAUCAGAUAUUCCGUGAGAUGUAUGUGCGUUUUUUCUUCAGACUUCAUUCCAUCUCUUCUCAUCCUUCUGGUAUUGUGUCACUCUGUCUGCUGUUUGAAACUCUUCUUCAAACUUACCUUCCCCAACUCUUUUAUCAUCUACGAGAAAUUGGGGCUCAACCACUUCGUAUAUCAUUUAAGUGGAUGGUUCGAGCUUUCUCUGGAUACUUAGCUACAGAUCAGCUCUUGCUUUUAUGGGAUAGAAUCCUAGGAUACAACUCUCUGGAAAUUCUUGCUGUGCUGGCAGCUGCCGUGUUUGCUUUCCGAGCAGUGAACCUGAUGGAGGUGACAUCACUGGCUGCAGCUGAAGCAGUUCUUGCUGACCUUUCUACUUUAAAAGUAAUGCCUCUUCUUCAAAUUUUUCUGUUUGCUACUGUCACCUGAUCUUCUUCACAGUCACUGAUAACACAUCUAGUUUUUCAUUAGAAACAAAUCAUGAACUAUGCAAACUCUGCAUAAAACCAAAAUGAAACUUUGCAUAUAAGCCAAUAAAGAUCAUGUUCCCUCUUCAGUUAAA